UCGAAUACUGUCAGCAAGCAUGACUUUCAAGCUUUAGCAUGCUGCGAGGCAAACGCGGGCCGAUAUGCAAAACGGCACACCGCGGUUGACGCGUGUGCAGCAGCUGUUGCGGGCGAUUGGGUGCAUACUACAAGACGAAGCUGCGUGUGCCGCUACAGCGGGGGGAGCUGCAGCUGUUGCUGGAGGGCCAGGCGGAUCCAGGUCACUUGUGACGCUAUGUGCUCACGACAGCGGACCAGUCAGCACGACACGCAGUAUACUCCACAGCAACAGCAGCAGCUGCAGCAAUCGCAGCGGCAUGAAAUGCUGCGGGCGGAGGCGCUGGCGGCGUUGGCGCAUGCGUCCUCUUUUGAUGAAUUGUGGUCCUGGCUGCGGCAGCGCGCACAGGGGCUGAACUACCACAGCGCCGCAGCAGCCCAGGGCGCGACGACAUCGCGUGCCCACUGCGAUGACGGCAGUGCAUGGAACGCCGCAGAUGGUACCGCGGCGGCCACCUUACCUCAAGAGGCGGGAGCGGAGUGCCCGCAGGCUCCGCAGCUUCAGCAUCAGCAGCCGCCGCUGCCGCCGGUCGAGCAGUUGGGCUGGGGUCCAGACCUAGCUCUGGCGUUUGUGGGGCGGCUGCAGGAGCUAGGCGCGGUGCUGCACGCACCCGCCCGCCGCACACUGCUGCGGGAGGCCACCUCGCAGUGGCUCGCGGCGGGCGUGCCGGAGCAGCAGCCGGCGGCGGCGGGGGCUGAAGCGGCAGAGGCGGGAGGCCCAGCAGCGACUGGAGAAGGGGCGGCAGCAGGGGCAGGGGCAGGUGCUGCCGAGAGGCGGCACGCAGCAUGCCUGGCCACUGGCGGCGAUGUCCUGUGCGUGACGCCGUCACCGGAGGCGGCGCAGAGGUUGCUGGCCGCAGUGCGGUCGCUGGGUGACCCCGAGCAGCCGGGGUCGCAGCUUGUGCUGGCGCUGGCGGCGCCACACUUUGGGCGACUGCAUCGGGCCAUUACCAAUGUUGAUGGAUCUAGCGGCGGUCCCAGCAAGAGCGUGGAGGUUGGAGCUGGUGGGGGCGGCGGCCCGGGCGCGUCUUCGGCGGGACUGCCGCCUGCCAGGUGGCCGCCGUCGUCGGCAGCUGCAGCCGCACUGGUGUCGCUGGGGGCGGAGAUGGUGCGGGCGGGCUUUCCGGUGUCCUUUACGCAGGCGGCUGUGGCGGCCAAGUCGGCAGCCGUCACGCCGGGGAGCGUAGAGGCCCCGGUGUUCCAGGCGGUGUGGGAGGUGGUGGGGAGGUGUGUGACGAUGCCGGGCCCAGACCCCAGCCUGCCGCCGCUGCCGGCACUGGUGGCCGCAAGAGCAGCCCUGCGUGUGGAGCUGGGGUUGGCGCGGGCGGCGGAGGUGUUGCGGCGGGGAGGCGACGCGGUGAAGGGGGUGCCAGGCGCAGCAGCGGCGGGAGCAGCAGCAGACGGCGCAGUAAGGGAUGAGCCUGGGGCAGCGCGUGUGCUGCAGCAGCUACUUAUGAACACACGGGACACGGCCAGAACGGGCCGGGCACUCAGCGCAGACCAGUUGCUGGAGUGCGCGCAGCGUGUGGAGGCGGCAGAGGCGGCUGCAGAGGUGGCAGGCGGUGUGGGCGAGGCGGCGGUGAUCACAAGAGCCGGCAGUAGGAGGCCAGCGGAAACAGCAGCGGCAAACAUACGUGGUGGCACGCGUGGCUUCGUCACGCAGCUGGUGCUAGCCCACGCCGCGGCUCUGGAUACCUUGACGGCGCCGCCCGAGCGGCUGCUGGCGCUGGCGCACGCGUGUCUGUUACUGGAGAAGCGGGGCGCUCGAGCUGUGGAUGACCUGAUGGUCAUGCGCCAUGAGGGCCAGCGACUGCAGGGCGCUCUGGGACGGACGCUGAUGCGCCGGCUGCAGAAGGGCUCGGGCGUGUUGGCGACACCCCCACCCCCGCCCCAGCAGCUGGCACCCUCACAUAGGCACGGCCGCUCAAGGCCGCCGCCGGCGAAGCGGGAGGUGGAGGAGAGGCAGCAGCAGGAGGAGCGGCAGCAGGCGGAGGUACGGCGCGUGGAGCGGGUGCUGCGUCAGCAGCUCAUGCAGCUGCUGCUCCACCCCCGCAACACCCGCCCUCCGCUGGAGCUGCGGCAGGCGGUGACCGACCUCUUGCUGCGCGGCGGAGUUGGAGGUGGGGCUGGAGUUGGGGGCGCUGCCGGCGGCGCCGCGGGCGGCGGGCUGUGGGACCACGUGCGCCCGACCGUGUUCGACGUAGUGCUGCGGCGGCUGAUGGCGACGCCCAUCUACUGGCGCUGGCAGCCGCCGCAGCCGCCGCAGCCGUCGUACGCAGCAGCCGCGGCGGAUACCCUGGUUCCAGGCGCGGCGGCAGCCAACGCUGCCCAGGGGUGCCAUGGCCCUGGGUGGCCGGGCGUGGGCCAGGAGCACCUGGAUUAUUACGUGCACCCAGUUGAGACGGGAGUGUUGGUCGGGGAGGCGGGCACGGAGGCGGAGGCGCUCAGCCUGGCGCGUGCGGAGCUGGCGGCGGCAGAGGAGGAGGUGGGCAUGGUUGCCGCCGCCGAGGCUGUGGGUGCGCGGGCGCGCGCCCGCGGCGCGGCGUCAAGCGGCCUGGGGCGGUCCUUGCCGCAUGGCGGCGCCAGCGCUGCGGAGCUACCGGUGGGCCUGUCUGCCGUGGCAAUGCACAUGGCAAAGGUGGUGGCGGAGGCGGAGGAGGACGUGAGGUGGGCGAGCCGGCGACCCGCUCCGGCUGCCUCCGGGCAAGCGGACGACCCCACUGACGAUGCGGCUGCCCACCUGCCAGAGGAGGGCGCUACGUCGCGGGUGCCGGCGGCUACGGCGUUCGGGCUGUUCCACCUAGCCGCUGACUUAUUGAGGCGCGGCGCGCCGCCAGCCGGCGUCGCUGCAGAGGCAGAUGCAAUGGGCACGGCAGAAGAGGAAGCGCCCAGUCAGGCGUCUUCCGAGCCCUUGGGGGAAGCCGGCGCGGUCCAUAAGCCUGCAUUUGCCUCUCGGACCGCCACUGGUGCCUCCACUGCCGCAACAUUGCCGGCUGCCGCGGCCGUGCUGCUCUCCAACUCAUCCAGGCUGCUGGCACGGCUGCUGCGGCAGGGGCCGGGCGCGGGCGCGAGUGCAGGCGCAGACGACCGUAGCUCGGACACACCCUGGGGCCGGGGUGAUGCUGCUGGCCUGGCGCUGUCGCACGCCCUGGCAGAGCAGUACGGCAGGCUGGGGCAGCUGGCGGCAGCUGAUGCGGCUGUGCUGGGGCUAAUCGUGCAGGGCGCGGAGCGCGGCGCGGCGGAGGCUCUGCGCGACGCGCACGCGCUGCGUGUGUCAGCGACGGCGACGGCGCAGAUGGGUAGCGGGCGCCAGGACAGCGGCAGCGCGGGCGCGUUGGAGCGGGCCAGGGCGGCGGCGCUGGAGGCGCGGCUGCGGCAGAGGCUGCGGCAGCUGGCGACGGUGUCGGAGGUGCUAGCGGAGCGCUGGUACGAGCCCGCCGCGGACUGCCGGCUGACGCAGCAACUGGAGGACCUCGUGACCGCUUUGUGCGCCCCGACCCACGAAAGGCGACUUGGAGCUGCGGGGCCUGCUCAGCUCAUGCCCACCGGCGCGCUGCCUGUCGUUGCCACGCCAGGCACAUCAGGCCACCAAGCGCCGCAGGCAGCACCCAGCGCCGCUCCUGCCCCAGCCCCAGCCCCAGCCGCUCCCGCCGCUGCAACAACAGCUGUUGCGAGUGUGGACCACGACACCUUUCGGCUGCUGUGCGCAACUGCUUGGCUGGCCAGUCUGCCGCGGGCCGGUGAGCGGCUGCGGCGCGAGGAGCGUCGGGAGCAGGCGGAGGCGGAGGCGCAGCAGCAGUUCUUAGAGGAGGAAGCGGCGGCAGACGCGGGAGCCAGCAGUGGCGGCUUCGACAGCGGCAGCAGCGGCGGCAUCAGCAGCCCGGCGGACCAGAGGGUUGCAGUGCCAGUGGUGGCGGAGGGCGAGGCGCUGGCAUCGGAUGAGGCGGAUGCGCGGGCGCUGCGGCUGGUGCGCCUGGUGGAGGGUCAGGUGGCGGCAGCGGCCUCCUCCUCCUCCUCCAACGCCGCCGCCGCGGCCGCCGCGGCCGCCGCUGCCACCAGCACCCCGGCCAGUGCCGGCAUGGGCGCUGCAAGCGCGCAGGGGGCGGGGCUGCUGAGCCUGCGCACCGCGUACGCGCUGACGGAGGCGUUCAUGAACGUGGGCGUCAUGCCGCCUGUGGUGCGGCGGCUGCUGUCGGAGGAGGUGCCGCUGGCCGCGCGCGGCCCGCUGUCGCGUGGUGGCGGCGCUGGUGCGGGGGCGCCGGCGCUGCAGGCGGGCGCAGAGCUGCCGGGCGUGGUGGGCGGCCGCAGCCGGGUCAUUGCACGCGUCUAUCGGCAGGUGUUUGCGGCCCGCGUCCUGGGUGGCGGCGCCGCGGGAGCCGCAGGCGCUUCGGGAGCCGCGGGCGCUGUGGGUGACGGGGCCAUUGCGGGCGGCGGCGACGCGCAUGACCUGCCGCACAGCCGCCGCGUGCGGCUGGCGGUGCGGCUGCUGCAUGAGGGCAUCAUCGGGCCGCGUGACGCGCUGGCAGCGCUGCGUGGUGAUCUGGAGCACGUGCUGCCGCGACUGCGGGACCCACGGCGGCUGGCGGCGCUGGUCGGCAUGGUGGCAGCAGCGCCGGCGGCGCCACCGUCGCGUGAGGCACUGCUGCAGCUAUCUGUGCGGCAGCCACGUCCGCGCCUUGAGUCAGCUGGCGCAGCCUCCCAAGCCGCGCUGGGGUUACCGGAUGCGGAUGCUUUCGGCCCUGUGCCCACGCCGGUCGUUUCUGGCGGAGAAGCUGCGCUGGAUGCGGAGGCGGAGGGGCAGCAGAAUGAAAGAGCAAGAGCGGAGGCGAGGGCCAGUCAGGACCGUGCGGGCGUUCUCUUUAAGCCGCUGGCCCUGAUGGCGAAGGAUCGCGCCGUGCCGCUCGAGCACCUGCGCAUCAUCUGCGCUACCCUACACGCCUGCCCGGUGGUAUUGCCCCCGUACGUCAUGGCCGCACUGACAGAGCGGCUCAAGUGGGAAAUUCCACUGCCCAAGCCCCUGCCUCAGCGGCAGCAGCAGUGGCAGCAGCAGCCGCCACCUGGGCACGGGCCGGCAACUGGUGUCGUGUCGGCCUCACUGGAGCCGGUCGCCGCGCAAGGGAGCCCCGACUCUGGGGCGGCCGCGGGGCCUGGAGCCGCUGACGACCUGGACAUGCUAGCGGAGACAUCCAGUCUGGGCGUGACGGGGGCCGCCGCCGCAGGCCACCCUUCGUUCUCGGCCCUGGCGCAAGCCGCGUCUGACGCCGACCGCCAUGCGCACCUGGACCAGCUUGUGGUGUUCUGGCUGCGACAGCUGCAACAGUCUGGGAAGCUGGGGUAUCAGGUGGAAGCCAAUGCGGCGGGGCACCGGGCAACGCCGCCUUGCGGCGCAGCUGCUGGUGCGGAAGCGGAGCUGCCGCUUGGCAUUGGCAGCAGCAGCAGCCGCAGCAGCAGCCGCAGUAGCUUCGCCGCUGUAUGCGGCUACGCCUCCGAUGUCAUUGCCGCUAGCAGCCAAAGAACGGCAGGGGAAUCAGAGCUGCAGGAGGGUGGACUGCUGGUUCGGGUCGCGGCGCGCGCCGUGGACUCUCUCUUGAUGCAGGGCUGUCAAGGCGGCGGCAGGAGCGCCGGGUUUAGCCGUUCUGACGCCAACGGCCACGACAGCGUGGGAGGACCCGGCCAGAAUGCUGAGUCCUCAGAGGGUGUGCCGGGUCUCACGCCACCGCCACUGGGAGCGGCGGACGACGGCACUGGGGGCGCAGAGGCGGCGGCUGAAGCUCUGCGGCUGGUCUGCCUGAUUGCGCCCACAUCAGGAUCAUUGGGCGCCGCGCAGCAAAGUGAGAUUGUGAACCGAGUGCUCGCAGUCCUGCCCGCACGGCAAGCCAGUCUGCAUGACAGUUCGGACGCAGGCCACGUCUCUCCCGAGAGAGGCAGUCAGCUUGACCUAGCGGCGCAGCAGGCGCCACAGCUUCGCGCGCCCUUCCUCUCGGCCUCAGAUGCUGUGGACGUGCUUGAGCAAGUGUCACAGGCCCGGGCGGCUAUCUGGGCCCCCGUGGUGGAAAGAGUGCUGCAGUUGCUUACAAGCGGCGGCCACCAGGGCAGAGACCGGAUGGCGGAACUCGUGCAGCAGCACAUGACGCAGACGAGUGCGCGGCGCCACCAAUCGCACAUGGACAAGCUCCUGCGGCUGACGUCAGAAGGCAUGCCAGUGCCUGGCGCUUCCCUUCACGGGCCGUGGGGCGCCUCCGAAGGGCCGGAGCAUUUGCCAGCCGCUUAUGCCGUGUGGCGGCGGGAGGUGCCUGCCGUGCUGGCCUCUGUACUACAAGCGGCGGCGUCCUCGUGCCCGUCGCUGCCGUCGCAGAAGGGCGAGCCCGUAGUAGCCGGUGGGCCGCUGCCGCAGGCACAGGUGCAGCUGCUGCUGGACUCACUUGGACAGGCGGUACGGCUAGCUCGCAGCUGGCUGUUGCAGUCGGUCGGAGCCGGAGGUGCCGACGUCGCUGCAGGUGCUGGCGCCGGCACACUAGCCCCUCAGACGCAGCCGUUGCUGCUACCGCUGCCUGCAGCGGCCACUCCCCGGCUGACGGAGGCCGUGGCAGCCGCGCUGCGGGCCCUGGACGCGCACGCCGCACGCAUGUCACUGGCCUCUCUGCGGCGAUACCUGUCGGAUCGAGACGCGCUGCAGACGUGGCUGGAGCAUCAGCGGCGGCAGCAGCAGCUGCAAGAGGCAGCGGCCAACGGUGUGGCAGGGGAGGAUGCGGGGGCGUGCGGGCAACGGCAGGCUUAUGGCGUAGGCGUAGAAACACAGGCCGCAUCGCACAGGCCAGCAGCGGCUGCUGCCGUCAAUGCCGCAGCUGCCGCUGUCCCGCAGCGGGACCCGCUGGCUGCGCUGCGGCGCCAGUCCGGGCUGCUUCAGCUGGCGGAGCUGCUGCCGGAACUGCGAGGCCUGGCCACUGUGUUCCAGGCGCUGGCGGCGCCGCCACCGACCGAAGCGGCCAAGGGUGACGAGGAGCCGGGAUUGCCCAGCGGUUCGCAAGCCGAGCCGCAGAAUGUGACGCUUAUUCAGCCGGACCAGGUCGACGCGUUUAGCGGUGCCUGGCCGUGUCUUCAGGAGCAGCUGCGUCUGGUGGAGGCGGCCCUGCGGGCAGUCUACGAUUCGCGCCGCGAACUGGCCCCGGCUGAUGAGUUGAUGACGGCGGUGGGCGGAGCCGUGGCGGAGCUGCCUACUGAGCUGAUGCAGGUGCUCGUGCAAGCACUGCAAAGCGCGGACGAGGCAUGUGCAGCUUUCAAUGUGGCCAGAAAGGCGCUCAACUGGCGCUUGCAAGAGCAUAAGGAGGCGAUGCGUGAGCAACUAAAGCGGAGGGAAGAUGCCAACGCCGCUUCUGCGGAAGUUUUGCGCGCGAAUGCAGCAGCAGAGCAGCUGUCAAGUCAGAUUAUGCACUCGCACAUUGCCGUGACGGCGGCACGGGACCUGGUACGCGCCUGGCAGCGGGAGUCAAUGCUGCCGCUCGCGGAGGAGCUCGCUGCCACGCUGCAGGCGCACGCAGCGCAGCUGCUGCCGGCUGCAAACGCGCAGUCCUCAACGGCCUCGCCAGAUGCCGCUUUGGAGGGAGCCACCGGCUCAGCAGCGGCAGCGGGUGCGGCUGCAUCCACUGCGGACAUGCUUGUGUCUGUGCUAGGAAGCAACAACCUGGCGCCGCCAACAGCCGCGCCCUCCUCAGCUGAGUGCAACCUUUCUCCGUUACGCCAAUUUCACAUGGCGCUCGGGGCGAGUGCUGCUCUAGCCGCUCGGGGGUGGUGGCAUGACAGCCUGGCGGCCGCGGCACUGCUCGCCGCCGGCCCGGCAUUCUGCGCCGUGGCCACUGCAAACACGGGGGUUACUGGCGGCGGUGGACAGGGCGGAGCAGUGGCCGCCGCCGUGUAUGAGGUGGCGCUGCCGGCUCUGCGCUUACACGCGGCGGGAUGCGGCAGGGGCGCGGGUGCCGGCGACCGGCAGCGGGAGUUGGCGCUGGUGUUGCUACUGCAGGCGAUGGAGGACUGGGGGCCUGCGGUGCUGAGGGCUGCCAAGGCGCCUUCAGCAGCUGCUACGGCACCUGGUGCCGCUGUGGCCGCCUCUGUUCCCGCCGCUUUGCCAGCAGGCCACGCACAGCGACAGCAGGGGACUCAGGGGCCACCGCCGCAGCAGCCGUCGCCAGUGCCGCCGCAGCCGCUCGCUGUGGAGCUGCUGCUCGCGCUGGUGGGUGUGGGCUACGUGCGCGGCCAGCUGCCGUACGCCCUGGCGAGCGACGUGCUGUGGCAGCUGGAGGCGGCGCGUGAUGACGCGGAGUGGGGCGGGGCCAGCGAGCGAGGCCGUACAACCGGGGCUAGUGGAGGAGCAGGCGGCAGCAGUGUGGGCCUGCACCAUAGUCACCUGGAAGCGCUGCUUACCGCUGCGCCAGCGCUGGCGCACAUUGGCAGCGGCGCUGGCGGCGCUGGCCGUGUGGACAUGGGCGACCUCGCCGCUGGGGGCAACCUGGACCCCAUUGCCGGCGGCCGGCGGGCAGUGGGUGACCUGCUAGUGGAGCUAUGCCGCGCGCUUUGUGACAGCGGCAUGCUGGAGGCUGCAGCAGCUGCGCCUGACUCGCACGGCAACUCGGGCGCCGGUGUCUCGGUCGACGCAAUGUGCGCUCUCGCGCACGCGCUAUCGCAGGCGAGCGCACCGCCCCAGCCCUUCCUCCCGCGUGGCCUUACCACCGGCGCCGUCACCAGCAUCACCACCGGCAGCAGCACGCGCUUGGCUCCAUCACAGCACGAGUCCAAGCUGUACAACCGCAUGUACGUGUUGCUGCUGCAGGGCGCAGUGGGCCCUGGCCCCAGCCCAAACUCUGCUGCCGGCCCCAGCAACCCUAACAAUGCACCUCAGUCGGAGGUGCAGGGCGGCUGUGGUGGUGCUGCCGACCUGCCGGCCGCGGUGGUGCGGCUGGCGCGGCUGGCGGCGUGUGGGCGCAACCGGGGCGAUGUGCUGAUGGCAGCCGAGGCGGCGGCGCAGCUGGGCGGCGUGCUCCGGCGCUUGGCAGCCGAGGGAGACGCCCGCACUUGCGCCGCCGUGCUGGAGGCCCUGGACGGGCUGAUGCGCGAGGGACACGGUUGGAUGGGCCUGGUGCUGUCACCGCCUCCGCCACAACUGCCGCGCUCAACGACAGCCAGAGCGGCGGCGGCAAGCCUGGCGCCGGCGUCUGCACACUCGGCGUCCCAGCAGCUGCAGCUGUACCCGUUGCGCCAUGGGCCGGCACAGGACAUCGCUGCAUUGCUGGCCGACUGGCCGGCGGACGAGCCCACCACUGGCGCUGCCAGUGCUAUAUUGCCUGAUGCUGCGGCGGCCCGGGCGCGACAAGGCUCCGGCAACGUAAGGCGGCGCGAUGAGGGCGGAGCGUUCGGUGCAGUACGCAGCACCGCCACGCCACCCAAGACAGAGGCAGUGGCCGCGCUGCGGCCUGCAGCGGCAGCAACAGCAACAGUGGGGCCGUUUGUGGUUGCGCAGCUGCUGUGGCGGUCCGUCGACGUGCUGCCUACGGACAUCGCGGUCAGCGUGUUGGGAUGGGCAGCAGGCGGCCGCAGUGAGGUCACGAAGCAGCAGGCGGGUGCUGCGUUGCGAGUGGGUCCCGGGGGUGAUGGCGACACCGGCGGGCUAGGCUCAUCCGCGCAUUCCGCGCACCACACGACAGCGCGCGAGCAGCUAGUUCGCGUGUGGCAGCGGCUGGCAGGCCGGAUACUGCUAGACCAGGCGGCGGGCGCGGACGCUGGUAGCUGCAGGGACCGCGGGCGUGAGGGCGAUGCUGAUGGGUUGUUGUUAAACGCAUCGGGCGCCGCAUCGGUGCUGGCUGCAGGAGAGGCUCUGGGCUGUGUUGACGUGGCAAUGACGCAAGCACUGGCUGAUGUGGUGGCACAGGAACUGGAGGGAGACCAUUAGGCGGCGCGACCGGCCAACGGUGGUGCAAGUCGGCAAGGGGCGCAAGUGGAAGUCGCCGGAAGGCGUUGCCGGUCGAGGACGGAGUCGAGGACCCAGCGAGGAUCCGGGGCGAAGUGCAGUCAUGUGGCUAAAUAGUAGAGACGGAUUGAGAAGCCGCGGCGCAGAGAUAGGAAGAAACCUGAGGUGCAGAAUCGCGGCGCGCUUGAAUGGAUGCGACAUUCGGCGGGGCAAGUUCGACUGGGCACGCGAAACACGUCGUGUCGUGUAGUGCGCACAUG